AUGUACACCCGCAACAAAUGUAUGGCAAACCUGUUCGCUGUGAUUGUACUGGUGGACUUCCUGUGUACAUGCAUCGAUGUUGACACCCGAGCCACUGGAGAAAGCACUGCUGAUGUGAUUCAAAUCAUAGCAGACUUGUGUCUUUGUCUGUAUUCCAUCGACACGGUGCUAGUGCUCAUAGCGAGAGGACUACGAAUACUUCUGGAACCUAUGAUGUUGACGGACGUCUUUGUUCUCCUGUGUGGGUAUGUGGAAACGCUCAUGCAGUACUUGGGCUAUGGCGACCUUCUCAGCUCCGUUGCCGUGUUCAGAAUGCUGCGCUUGGUGCGGAUCCUGCGUGUUGGGAAAGUCCUGAGACGCACGGGAGGCUUCCGCGAGCUACAGAAGCUGAUCCGCAUGCUGUCAACCUGUUUGAAAACACUGUUUUGGUCUUUCAUAUUCUGCUUUGUCAUGAUGACCGUUUGGGCGCUCCUGAUCGUGGAGCUAGUCCACCCCUUGAUGGAGGAGGUUUUCGAGGAUUGCUUGGAGUGUCAGAGAUCCACAUCUUCGGUCAUGCGUGCAAAUGUGCUUUUGUUCAAGACGGUGAUUGCUGGCGACGGUUGGGGAAAAGUUUCUGUGCCAAUGAUCGAAGCAUAUCCACUUACUGCUGUCAUAUUCAUGGGGUCCAACCUGACGCUGGUUUUCGGCGUCAUGAACCUGAUCGUCGCAGUGGUGGUUGAUACCUUCGCGGAAGCUCGUCAGCGCGAUGUCUUCAAUUUGGCGGAGGAGAUGAACAACAACGAGAACAUCGAUCGCGAGCGGCUGGAGCGAAUCUUCGAGCGCAUCGACACAGAUGGCAGUGGUAAGAUGACCUUCGAAGAGCUCUUGGAGGGAGCCCGGCGAGACCCGGAAUUCCAGAGCCGGCUGCGGGUGAUGGACAUCGACGAGGCCGACUUGGAGCAGCUCUUUGAGAUGAUCGACGUGAAGGGCGAGGGCGAGAUCGACGCCGCGGAGUUCAUCACCCCCUUAACGAGGUGGGUGAGCGACUCGAAGACGGCCCCGCGCUUUAUCAAGUACAACGUGCUCCGAUCCUUGGGGCAGCAGGAGGAGCUCUACGGGCUCUCCCGACGCUGCUUUCAACUCCUCGACAACCGAAUGGAAGCCAUCAUGUCGAUGCUUCUCGAGAAGUCUCCGGGCGAAGCCCUGGAGGUUCCGUGCCUGGCAGAUCCCGGAGAGACCCUGGAGCUCGAGAGACUGGAGAGAGCGGGUGACCGCGGAGCGCUUUGCAAGGCCGAAGAGACCAUGGAGCUCGAGAAGCUCCCCUCGACGCCGAUCCUGCAAGUACCGGAGGCAGACGAAAGCGUCGCGGAGCAGCCGCAUACGACUUCACCUACCGACCUACAAGCUUUGGGGGAGGAUGCGAUCGAGGCUGCAAUGGACAACCUGGAGGCCUACGUCCUGAAGGCCACAGAGGCAGCCUUGAAGGGAUCGAGGGCUGCCAUUGAGAAGGCCCUGCAGGAGAAGUCGACUCUCCUGAUGCUUACGGAGCAAAGCUGGCUUCAGGCACAAGCAAAAGUUCGUCCGUCCCGGCCAUCCUUACAAGCCCUACACCAGGUCGUGGGCGACAACCUCUUCGAGAAGCGCCGAAGGGUCAGUGAGAAAGACGAGUUGCGGAAGGGGCAGGACUCCCCUGCCAAACCUCCUACAAAGCCCCGGCGGAGGAGCCGCAUGGCCACAGGCUGCUUCAACAAGCCUGGGUCCGGCAGCCCAGCGCGGGCGCUCCCUGCCUGGAGGAAUCCCAGCAGCGAUCUUGACAGCGAGGGCGCCCGAAGUCCCGUCCGAGGGAUUUAG